AUGAAUGCUGUUAAAAAUGCUGGAGAAGUGUUACAAAGGACAUCUGAGUAUCUAGAAUCGGGAUUGGUCACCAAGCAACCGGCGUGGUAUAGAGUUCUAGCGUACCAUCCACCUGUUAAAAACCACACCAAAACCAUUAGACCUCUUGUGUUGAGAAAGAUUAAAGAGGAGGAAGUUAGUACCUUGAAAAAAAUCAUGAGCCAUAAUAAAGGAGAUCUAUUUUACAAGACACGAUUAAGGCCUAAGCAUAUGGCUGCUAACUUCCUUAAACCGCAGAAGUUACACUUUAUUGAGGAUGACUUGAGGGAUCUUUUCUACAAGCAGCAUCCUUGGGAAUUGGCGGAUCCAAAGAGCUUAAUCGAGAACGAGAAUUCUAUUGAUUUGGAGAAACUUGAUUGGUCCACUAUGAGACAGUACACCAAGAAGUUGGACGGAGAAUCCGUUGUUCAAAGGACGAUUUACUUGAUGAAAAAUGAGGAUCAGUUGCUAUUGAAUGCUUUUGAGCAGUCCAAGUAUGAGUAUUAUAGAUUAAAGAUCGAAGAUGAGACGGAAAUAAACGUUGCAGAGGAGCAAGGAGAGAUGUUUGGCGCAGUGUACGGAAAAUCCAUGGUUGAAUACGGUUUCGAUAAAGAGAUGGAAGUGCUAAGUAAAUGGAAGGAAGAUGCUGUUGAACAGACAAGAGUUAUGGAAGCCAAGAGAUCAAACUCCUCUUCUGGGGGUCUGGCCAGGCAGGAAAAUAAAGGGCUAGAGGAAGAUGAAGGAGAAGAAGACGCAACUGAAGAAACGUCCGGCUCUAAUGAAGGUGUCACAGAGGAGGAUCUCUUGAAAGAGUUGAGAAAGUGA